GGCUUGCAUAAAAGUGGAGUAAGGAAGAGCAAAAAUGAAACAUGUAAUUCAGCAGUAUCUGUGCCUAAAGUAAGCAGGAAGACUGGUGCUUUGCAUUCAGUGACUGGUGACAGCAGAAGACAUGAAUCAAGACAGAAUAAUGGCAGCAAUGUCUAUAAUUUCUUCCUGUAUAGAGUUCCUGGCUUGACUAGAAAAAAAGGAAAGAAAAGCACCUAUGAAAUGAAUAUGCCAACAGAAGCUCGGACAGUAACACAUGAGACAGCUGGUGUAGUAUUUCCGGAGCAAGGUGACAGCAGGAGACAUGAAAACAAUCAGUAUGUUAGAAGGCCUGUAAAGAAAACAUCUAAUGAGAAGAAGGAAAUCAAUCCUACAGAUGACUCUGAUGACAUAACUCAGACAUCUGAAACAGCCUCAAUGGGUUGUGACUCGUUUUACUCGGAACAUGAGAAUUGUACGUUGUUAAUGGAACAACUUUGCAUGAAUUGUAAAGAUUUUAUUAACUUUUCAAAAUGCCAGGAUUUAAUUUGUCCACAUAAAAGAUUAUGUGAAAUUAAAGAUAAUCACUGUGAACUACUUAAGAAAAAAUAUAGAAAAAUGAAAGAUGAGAAUUGUGCACUAAAAACGGAGCUAUUAGCAACAAAAGACAUAAGCUCACAGCUUAAGCAGCAAAAUUUGAAACAAGAAUACUGCUGCUGCAAUUUGAGGGAUCGGCUGCAAAGAGAAGAAGAGCACUACAGGAGUGGUGCUCAAGUGAAGCAGCAGCUGGAGUCCACACUGUCAGUAGUAGUUAUGGAACUGAGAGCUCUAAGAAGCGAUUUAAUGAAGGCUUCUGAGAGUAAUGAAAGAGAGAAAGAUCCAGUACAUAAAAGCCACACUUUGCAGGAUGAAAUCAGUAUGCUAAAACUGGAAAUAAAUACAAUGAAAAAUAAAAACCAGGAAAAAGAAAAGACCAUUGAAAUUUUAGAAGAAAUGAAUGAUUUUCUGCGAGAAACAAUACAACUGAGUGAGGAAAGACUUACAAAAACGGUAUCUCAACAUUGUGAACAACUUCUUGUUCUAAAGUGUGAAAAUAACUUGCUAAGCACUCAAUUGGAAAAUGAAAAACUAAAAACAGAAACACUGAAAUCAGAAGUUGAAUCCUGCCAUCGUAGACAGGAUGCUGCUGUACAAGAUCGUGGUCAAAGUCACAAGUCCGAGAGAGACCUAGAAUGUCAUUUCCAAGGCACAAGAGAGGAGAAGCUACAUUUAGAGGAGAGAUUAUCUCACAAACAAAGGGAAAACAUGUUGCUUCAACAGCAACUGAAUGAGGCUUACAACAAAACUGACAAUAAAGAGGAGAUAUUAGUGAAUAUUCAAGGCCAGCUUCAGGACACUAUAAGAAGGCUUCAAACUGAAAAUGAGAAGCAAAAAGAAACAAAUGACAAGUUAAUUGAUGAAUGUAAUCGUUUGAAAAUAAGAACAUAUAAGUAUGAAGAGGAAAAAGCAGCAAGAGAAGCACAAAUAAAACCCCAAGAACUGUUUGGAGAUACUCAGACUACUUCAAUAAGUCAAAUGGAAGUCAAAAAUACAAAUUUGGAAACUGAAAAUUGCAGACUGAAAACUGAAUUAGACUCACAGAGAAUAAAAUUGGAAAAAUACAUGCAACUCUAUUUAGAAGAAUCAAACUCUAGAAAAUCAUUGCAAAUUACCGUAAACACUCUUCACGGGGCCAUCAAGAAGCUAACAGAAGUCAAUACUGAACCUCUUGUGAAGGAAACACAUCACGAAUAUGUAUUCAACGCGCCUCCUCCAAGGCUAGACCUACUGCUAUCUUCUGCUACACGUUCUAUUAAUAGUCUUAAUAAUCGUUUCAUGCUUGAUAGUUAUCUUACAACAAGAGGAAAUUCAACAACUUUUCCUACCUUCAGCCCAUGGCCUUAAAAAGAAAGCACACACACUUAACUAUGACAAGGUUUCCUCUCCCAGCCUGUGCUGACUCAGCAGCCCUCCC